CAGAGUCCAGUGGCGGUGUGCUUUACACCACUGUAUCUGACACUUUGCAUUGCACUUGGUGAUGUAAGGUUUGGAUGCAUCUGCUCGGCCACAGAAACCCAUUCUGUGAAGCUGAUUAUGCACUGUUGUUGUGAUAAUCUGAAGGCCACACAAUGUUUGAAGGUCUUUACUUAGUGACUCUGAAGACAGUUGCCGACUUCUGCGCACUGUGUGCUUCAUCAUGCGCUGACCCCCUUCUGUCAUUUUAUGUGGCCUACCACUUCACGGCUGAGUUGCUGUUGUUCCCAGUUGCUUUCACUUUGUUAUAAUACCACUAGCAGUUGACCGUGGAAUAUUUAGUAGCAAGGAAAUUUCAUGAAUGGACUUAUUGCACAGUCUUUCACAAAUGUUUGUAGAAACAGUCUGCAU